AUGCAAACCUUUGCAAACUUCCUGCCGACCUUCACGCACUGGAUCAACAACGAUCUUGUAGCUGAUCAGGACAAAUUAGCAGCUGCUUGCCACGCGAUUUAUCCUAGAGAUGCAACAGGAUAUCGCAGUAUCGAAAUCUGCUUUGAUAUACCAGAGCGUCCCGGAUAUGUAAAGGUUACCUGCCUGUCUCGUGAGCCACUCAAUCUGUUGGAUGAGCUUCGAGCUAGAGGUGGUGACAAUGGCCUGAAACGAGAAGAGGUCAAGGUGGAGGGGAAUAGCGAAGGAACUGCAAAAUAG